UCUGUGGGAUGCAGUAGAUGCUGACGGUGUGGAUUAAUAUUUAAAGGCCAGCAGACAGUUAAAUAUUUGUGAGGGAAGUGACUGAGAUUUAUAGCUAUCUAUACACUAGUAAAUAUGCUUCUAGCGGUGUGCUAUGUACUUUGUUUAAAUUACGCUGAUUCUAAAGAGGUGGUUGGAGAUGGGUUCCCACCUAUGUGGAACUCUGUUCCAGAGAACUUGCAACAUUUCAAAAUUCAGAACUCCAAAGUCAUCAUAAAUCCCUGGAAUUACCGAGAAAGAAUGGGAAUGUAUAAAAUUUUACUAAACAUCACAGCCCAGUAUCUGGAUAUGAAACAGCCAGACAACAAACAGAAUAUGCUGUGGGGUUUGCCUUUGCAACUUGGCUGGCAAUUUUCCACAGGACGGCUUGCAGAACCUUUGGCACUGAGUACUUCUGGACACAGAAAUGAAAACCAAACACGCAUUUCAGAUAGAAGCUGGUGGGCAUGUGUAAAUUACUACUUGUCUGUCAUCCCAUUCCUUGGAGCCUUUGAUGCAGGAUUCUUCAGUGAAUAUCCAUAUAAAAUUGAGAUAUCAAAGCCAAAUGAAUUUAUUUCUGACUUUUGCUUCAAUGUUACUGACUGCCAUUUGUUGUCACCAGAAGCUAUGGAGGAAUGGAAAGCAUUUUUUGAGUUUAUUAAGCUACCUAGACAUGAACUUGAAGAUAAAACAGGUGAUUUCCUGUUUCGCAUGUGGAAGGCUCAUGUUGUGUCUAUCAGUAAAUCACUUCCAUUGUGCGCAAAGAGGUUAAAUUAUGCUUCAAAACCUGAACGGAAUUUUGGAAUAGACUGGGCAUCAGGUGUAGAAUUCAUUGCAGCAACCCACUUUCUUACUGAUUUCAAGAACACUAACACAUACCAAAUUUAUCUACCCCAUCGGAUGCUUAUUCAAGGAGACAACGCUCCAUACAUUGAUGAUUUCUCAGAAGGGGAGAACAGAGUAUUGUCAUCUUUACAACGGAUUCAUAAAUUGAACAGAUUUACAGGGGGUUCUCUUUUGCGGCUCUGGAAAAAAGCAAUGUGUUCUGAGAAGGGCAGGAUCGAAGGCCGACAGCUACUUCAAAGCAUCUCUACGAGUGUUAACCUACCACUAAUAAAUAUAUUUGGAGUUCUUAAGGAGCUGAUUAGAAAUACAUCAUGUUAAAUUAUACAAGAAAUCAAUAACUGACAUAGUAGAGUUAAUAAAUCCCAGGAACCUG